AUGGCCUCCUACUUCCAAACAUAUUUCCAGGCGUCCUCCAUGCCUAAACGCCUCCUCCAGUACGCUCUCUCACGACUGGAGAUUCUCGAUACCGAUGACCUUGACCUUGAGAACUUGGAUAUUGCUUGGGGGAAGAAGUGUGUAUUUGAAUUCAAGGACAUCGGCCUCCGGUUGAGGAAAUUAGAAAAUCUUCUACGGCUACCGCCCUCGUUCGAGCCCACAAAGGCCCGUGUAUUGCUUCUGAGACUCACCAUACCUGUCGAUAUCUAUAGCAGUCCAAUAGUGGUCGAAGUCGACGGAGUUGAGUGCCAACUGCGAAUCAAGGACAAGAAUGGCCCCUCCACACCUCAUACAAACCAUGACCGGAAACGAAAGCGAACACGCCUGAGAGACCCCGACAUAUCGGAUGAUAAUUCUAAGUCUUACACGGGGAAGGGGGAUUCCAAGGAGGGGAACGAUGAUGAAGCGGACCCUGCCAUACCAACAGCAGUGGACCUAGCCGAAUCCUUCUUGCAAACAGAACCAGAUGAGGAGAAAGUCGAGCUAGAAGCUGCUAUCUUGUCAGAAACUCAGGACCUUGGCAAAUCUGUUGCUUUGAGCGAUGAUGGAGAGAGUGAUAUAGCUGUGGGAACUGGCACAGCACUAUCACUCCCAGCCUUCAUGGCCAGAUUCCUGAGGGGCAUCGUGGAUCGUCUGCAGGUCAGGAUUCACGGCAUCACACUCACGUUGAACGUUGAAAUACCCAGCGAUACUUCACGAUCUUCACACUCACCCUCCACAGACCCGGUUACUGUUCAAUUAAAGGUGGAUGACAUAGAUAUCGAAGGAGUCACACAUGAGCUCGGGCAGACAUCUACAGCCAGCGAUGUCGCCCCAAAAUUUAUGUGUAAGAAGGGAAAGCGUCUAAUUUGUCUCAGCAAUAUUCGAGGAGCUCUGAUAUCAGAAGCCGACUUUUUCUCUAGCCUUGCUAGGUCAUCUGCCAUGUCCUCACCAUUGGUUGCCCACUCGACCUUGUUUGAAGAAACAAGAACGCCUUCCAGACCCCCAUCAAGCAUGCAGGGAAGCGAAGCAAGGAGCUCUGAUGCCGUCUCUGAAUCUCCUGAUCGGUCAUCCACGGCCUCAACUAGCAGGUUAUCAUCAAAAUCGCUUCCAAAAGAGACCGACUUUCUCCCUUCGCUCCAUGCCUCAGCCAUCGCUAGUGACAGUGGCCGUUUUGAUGAUGCCUCGGAAGACGGGGAUGAUGCUGAUCCAUCGGAAAGCCUCAACGAAGAUAUCGACAGUGAAGCCGAAGCCGGAGAUAGUAUAUAUCAGAAUUCUGCGUAUCUGGACCAGGUUAUGGAGAGCCAAUACCUUCUUGAGAACGAGCAAGAAGAUGGCAGACCCACAUCUCCUCUCUUCCUCAAGGAAAGUUCUUCAACCGUAGCCGCCAGAUCUCCUCUUUCUACUCCGAGGGCUUCGACUCAUGCUCCAUUAUCUAAACGAGAGGAGGGCGAUCGAGGUUAUUUUGACUUCCGUUCUGGCACUGCAGGGAGAAGCGACCCAAUGUUGCAAUCAACUAUAUUGCCUACUCGGCAGCAUCCUAGGUUUUCUCAAGGAAGGGUCUCACAGUCGCAACCAUCCAUUCCGAUCGAGCCAUCCUCACCAUUAGAUGUCGGUCAGAAACAUCCAGUUCCAAACUCUGCUCCUGUGGCAGAUGACACAGUUGAAAGUGGGCCUGAUGACGAUAGUUCAACGUCUGUUGGGGUAGACGACCUUGCUCAAUCGCAACUUUUCAGUCAUGAAGAUGCUGAGAGUAUGUACAUGAGUGCAAUCUCUCAUGGAUCAGCUGCUGAGAGAGUUCCUGGUGGCUGGGGGCACUCAAGUAUUGGUAAUGAUGACUCGUUAUCCGCAGCUCAAAGUCCAACUUCUCACGAGUCGCAAAAAGGACCAUUGGAUAAUCUAGAGCAUGCUCGUCGUACCUCUCCUGUACAAACUUCAUCGGACCUCGCUGGGUCAGACCAGUCAUUUGCAUCUGCCCCACAAUCACCACAAAAGCCAGGGGACGCCUCGUCUACAUUGCCAACGUCGAACCCUGCUCAACAAAUUCUCACAAUCCCCCAGGCUUCGAGCAGCGUAUCAGAACGCUCUACAGCCUCUUCUGAUGAACACCACAGGAUGACCAAGCACAUCUUCAAUAUUGACGAUGUCGCUAUUUAUCUUCCCGGAGCCACUGAUAGAGUGUCCCCUGAAUUAGCAGAAGUUGAUCCAAACGGCACGAUGUUUAGCAGUACUUUCAACGGCCAUGGUGAAACUUCACGUUCCGCAUCGAUCAACGUUCCAGGAGCGUUUUCUACACAUCUUCCCGCCAAAAGCCCGCCGGCGCGACCAGCUGUGCCACCAGUUUCGGAACCGGAAGCCGAGAGGGCAGAAAGUGUUGAUAAGUCCAUUGAGGUUGAGCUGGGCCAAGUCUCCGCCCACUUUGAUGUGUCGGUCGGAAGACUCAUCUGGAAGCUCGUGGAUAGACUGAAAGAUGCCCUGAAACAGCAGCCACCAGCCCCGGAUCUGCCGAAAUCAGGAUCAACUUCAGCUGAAAUGGAUUUAAAGUUCAGUGUGGAACGGAUUUCACUGAUAUUCCUGGAAAGACUUGAAGGAUCUUUAGGGGCCGCUGCUUCUGAGUCUUAUGGAAAGCCCUGGGUCAAACCUCCUGAGCCAGAUAUUCUUCUACAAACCACCAUCGAGGGUCUUCACGUUAACACACAUGCCUCAAAUUCAAAGUCCGAAACUGCCGUGACGCUAAGGAAGUUUGCUUUUGGGUAUGCGCGAGAAAGCAUUAUUUCUUUUGAUGCAAGCCUCCAAAUGCGAGCUUCAGUGCGAGACCUGAAAGCUUCGGCUGGAAUUGAUGUGGCGAUAGAUAUUUCUAAAACAGCAGACUUCACUCGCUUCGACAUAAAAACGCUGCCAAUGCACAUUUCUAUAGACCUUCAAAGGCUUGAUGAGACCUUUAGCUGGUUUGGUGGGCUUAGUAGUGUGCUGAAUCUUGGAAACUCGAUUGCAUCAAAUUCAACUGUCAUCGCUACGAAUCCGAGCAAGGCCAAACCUCGUGGUGUCCGAUUUGAAGUACCCAUCGAUCCUGGUGAUCAAUCACUAGCUUCACAAAACAAAAUUGAUAUCAGAAUUGGUGGCUUCAUCCUUGAUUUGGUUGGCACAGAAUGUAGCGUUGGAGUCGAAACAUCAGCCGUCAAGAUUGUUAGUCGUGAUGAAGGAAUAGGGGUCGGCGUCCACAAGAUCAGAUUAUCUGGUCCCCACCUCAAGAGUUCCAACAGAGACCCAGCCAUCAACGUAGAAAUUACGACAACGCGAAUCGAAUACCUCCCGUCACCCACCGACGUAGAUUUGGAUACCUUAUUAUCUCUCAUCACUCCCUCGAAAGUCAAAUAUGAUCAAGAUGAUGACAUUCUGCUCGAUACCCUCUUACGCCAGCGAAAACAGGGGGCGGUCUUGAGACUCUCCGUCGACGAUUUCCAGACCCGCAUGGGUAGAUUAGAUGAACUUAACUAUUUACCUAAUCUUGGCGAAGAGAUCUCCAGGUUGGCGACGGUAGCCAAAUAUCUCCCUGAUGAUGACCGCCCUGGAUUGUUGUCCUUAAUCACAUUGAAGAAAUUCGAGGCGCAAGUGGAUGCUAGCCACAACUUGGGCACUUUACAACUUGCAGCAAGGGAUAUUGAGGUAGCACAGAUUACGUUCCCGACACUUAUAGCGCUCAGUAUAAGUACCAUAUCUAUCCGCCGCAAUAAGACAGAGGAGUUGAUCGGACCCGCAACUGAUCCAGAGCUCAGAGAACCAAGAUCGCGAGCUCCUGCCGUCAUGGCACGAAUGAUCGGUGAUGAGAUGGAACCGAUUGUGAAAAUCAAGUUGUGGAAUCUAAACUUUGAGUACCGAGUUCCUACGUUGAUGGCGCUGCUCAAUCUUUCAAACAAUGCAUCAACAGAGGAUGUCUCAGCCAGCCUUACCGCAUCAGUUGCAACGCUCACAAGUCUUGCACGGUCGACGGUUUUAGGUCCCAGGCUCAGGGAGACCAGACGACUCGAGAAGCCUAGCUCUACCUCAAAGCCUGUGACAAUCGACGUCGUUGUUCAUGAUUGUACGUUGGGCUUAAAUCCUCUGGGCCUACCUUCGAAGAUGCUCGUCGUCUUGACCGAAGCCCAUCUAUCGGCCGUCUUACCCAAAGACAAGCAAUCCAGUGCAACCGCGGAAUUGGGUAAGGGCUCAUUGCUCAUCAUUGACAAUGUUGCCAAUUUAACUUCGGGAAGCCGAGCAGUAAGACCUAGACGGCAAUCCUUCGAUGGCGGUAGUAGUCAAGUUGCGGAUCUGUGUGCAAUGGGUUUUGUAUCGGUCAGCUACAUCUCAUCAGCCAAGGCUAUCGUUCAAAUGUCUACUGAUGAAAAUGGAGAACCGUCAAUUGAUGUGGAGUUGCGGGAUGACCUCUUUGUUCUCGAGUCAUGUGCCGACUCUACCCAGACUUUGAUUGCCGUGCUAAAUGGACUGACACCACCCGCCUCACCAAGUACAGACAUCAAGUAUCGUACCAAAGUCAUACCAGUUGAGGAUCUCCUUGCAUCUUUAUCGGGCGACGCUUUUGGCACUGCCGAAGGGGACUAUAACUUCGAUGAUGAUUUCGGCAUCCCAGAAACGGGGGAUUUUGGUGGAGAAGAUGCAGACGAUUUUGACUUCGACUCUCAUUACUAUCAACAUGACAAUGAUCAGCACGACGAUGAUGCCCUAGAGGGGGAAGGAGCGUCUGCAGCUUCUACACAUCUGACUACUCGAGACACUCAAGAUGGUGUCCUGUUGGAGAGCUUUGUAGAGCCGGAAGAAUCUUCUGAUGGAAGUGAUUCUUUGGAGUUCCAGGAGAAUCAUUUUGGUACUGGUUCGAUUCUAGAAGGGACCGCACACAGAUGGAACUCUGCAAAGAACACUUACGACAAAUCAAAUGCACAGAAGAUUAGGAAAAGCCCUCUUAAAGUCUGCGUUCGCGACAUGCAUAUUAUAUGGAAUCUCUUCGAUGGCUACGACUGGCAACAUACCCGCGAUACAAUUUCCAAGGCUGUUGAGGAUGUCGAAUCAAAAGCAAUUGAAAAACGCGCUCGAAAUGAAAGGCGCGCAACAUUUGAGCAGGAUAUCGAUGAUGAAGAAACGGUCAUCGGUGACUUCCUCUUCAACUCCAUCUAUAUUGGUAUACCUGCCAAUCGAGAUCCUCGGGCGCUCGCUGCAGCUAUAAACCAGGAACUCAACGACAACACCACUGAAACCGAAUCUAUCGCGACGACGUCUUUAUCUGCGUCAUCGAGUAGGCAAAAUACUUCUCGAGGAACAAAAUCGAACAAACUUAGACUGAAGAGAAGUAAACACCAUAAGAUAACCUUCGAGCUCAGGGGAAUUUGUGUUGAUUUUGUGGCUUUCCCUCCUGGAAGCGGCGAGACUCAGAGUUCAAUUGACAUACGUGUGCAUGAUUUCGAGAUCUUUGAUCAUGUACCGACUUCGACGUGGAGGAAAUUCGCCACGUAUAUGCAAGAUGCCGGAGAAAGAGAGACCGGCACCAGCAUGAUCCACAUUGAGCUUCUCAAUGUCAAGCCUGUUCCUGAGCUUGCGGCCUCCGAAAUGGUUUUGAAAGCAACAGUCCUUCCUCUUCGAUUACAUGUUGACCAAGAUGCGCUUGAUUUCAUAACAAGGUUCUUCGAGUUCAAAGAUGAUUCUGCACCAGUGCAUUCAUCACCUGGAGAUGCCCCUUUCCUCCAGAGGGUGGAGGUCAAUUCUGUGCAGGUCAAACUGGAUUUCAAACCAAAGCGUGUAGAUUACGCCGGCCUUCGCUCUGGCCAUACAACCGAGUUCAUGAAUUUUCUAAUUCUAGAUGAAGCAGAUAUGGUUCUGCGACACACCAUCAUCUAUGGCAUCUCUGGGUUCGAGAAGCUGGGCCAAACGUUGAACGAUAUUUGGAUGCCAGAUAUAAAGCGCAACCAGCUCCCUGGGAUUUUGGCUGGGUUAGCACCGGUUCGAUCACUUGUCAAUGUAGGUGGUGGCUUGCGGCACCUUGUGGUCGUCCCAAUGCGUGAAUACAAGAAAGACGGUCGCAUCGUACGAAGCAUUUCAAAAGGGGCUGCCGCUUUUGCCAAGACAACCGGUACGGAAUUGGUCAAAUUAGGUGCGAAAGUCGCUAUUGGUAUGCAAACGGUUCUCCAGGGCGCCGAGGGUCUUCUCAGCCAACCUCUCGAACCUACUAGGACUGGAAUAGAGGAGGGGGAUGAAGACGAAGAGAGCAAGCAGAUCAGUCCAUAUGCCAACCAACCUGUAGGCGUACUACAAGGCCUAAGGGGUGGAUAUGCUGGCCUGCAGAGAGAUCUCAUUCUGGCCCGAGAUGCUAUCAUUGCCGUACCCGGCGAAGCCAUGGAAGGCGGUAAUGCCGCUGGGGUUUUACGGGCGGUUAGGAAACAUGCACCGACGGUGAUACUGAGACCUGCCAUAGGAGUUGCCAAGGCAGGAGGCCAGAUCUUAAUGGGUGCAACCAACUCGUUGGAUCCCGUAAAUCUACACCGAGCAGACGCAAAAUAUAAGAAGCAUUGA